ACAAAACAAGUCCGUCAUGUGACUCCGUCUGGAGCUUGAGUUUGGUCGAGUAUGUGUCUGCUGGUGGUGAAGUCCAUUUAAAACGCGUCCAGAGAAGCUGCUGACACUACACACCGUGGCCACCAUGGCUGAUGAUUUGAAGAGAUACCUGUACAAACAGCUGCAGAGCGUGGAAGGUCUUCAUGCUAUUGUGGUGACAGACAGGGAUGGAGUCCCCGUAAUCAAAGUUGCCAAUGACAACGCUCCAGUCCACGCUCUGAGGCCGGGCUUCUUGUCCACAUUUGCUCUGGCCACAGAUCAGGGAAGCAAGCUGGGUCUCUCCAAGAACAAGAGCAUCAUCUGCUACUACAACACCUACCAGAUUGUGCAGUUCAAUCGAUUACCACUGGUCAUCAGUUUCAUUGCCAGUAGCAGCGCCAACACAGGCAUCAUCAUGAGUCUGGAGAAGGAGCUGGCUCCACUAAUAGAGGAACUGAGGCAGGUGGUGGAAGUCACUUAAGCUCCGACAGGGAGGACAACCCUGAGCAAGAUCACCUGCCUGGAUCGCAUCCUGCUCACUGAAUCUCCAUCUCUGCUGGUGCAUUCACGUCCUUUGGGAAAAUCUUGUUUGGAGGUUUUUUUCACAGUUCAGGAUGAACAUCUUCAGACGUGACUGCACCAUGAGUGAACUUUCCUGCACACACUGUGUCUGUUGAAUUUGCUUCCUGCUGUUUUCUGUAGAUUUUAGCUGCUCCUCAUCUGCAUCUUCAUGGCUAAGAGUUUGUAUGUCAAAUCAAUUCUGAAUAAAUGUUUCAUUUUUAGCCCCUAAA